AUGGUAGGUUCAUUGUCUCCUUACAUAGGAAAUAUAACUUUCCUUAGUGUGAUCAAUCUUGAGGACAACAACUUCCAUGGCACCAUCCCUGAAGAAAUCGGCAGAUUGACUCGCCUCCAAUAUCUUCUUCUAGCCAACAACUCCUUUCAUGGGAUGAUUCCGACUAACCUGACUCGUUCUGACCUUGAAGUCAUUGAUGUAAACGGAAAUGAUCUUGAAGGAACAAUUCUUGUCGAGUUCAACACCUUGUCCAAGCUCCAACAAUUGAGUCUUUCCAGAAAUCACUUCUCUGGAAAAAUUCCACCGUCAUUGGGGAAUCUCACCUCGCUGUGCUUUCUCAGUCUAUCUACUAACAAUCUACAAGGAAGCAUUCUUGUUGAUCUUGGAAAGCUUUUUAACUUAGAAGUCUUCCAGGUGACUUCAAAUCAAUUGUCCGGUACAAUUCCUGCACAGCUCUACAACAUCUCUUCCAUCAAAAUCUUAGCUGUUAACCACAAUCUGUUAAUUGGACAUCUUCCAUCUAGCUUAGGCCUGAAUUUCCCAAAGCUCCACUCAAUUUUCGCUGAAAGAAACAGAUUUUUUGAAUCCAUUCCUGCAUCACUAGCAAAUGCUGCCGGAAUUGUGAUAAUCAUUCUUGGAGGAAAUGCUUUUAAUGGGCCAAUACCACUGGAUUUGGGAAGCCUUCAUGAACUACAAGUGUUACAUUUAGGCGGUAAUCCACUGCGAACUGACAGAAGCAAAGACUUCAGCUUUCUGACCUCUUUCACCAACUGCACCAAGUUGAGACUACUGAGUUUAUAUGAAAUUCACAUUGGAGGUAUGUUGCCAAAUUCUAUUGCGAAUCUAUCCACCACUCUCACAUCACUGUAUUUGCAAGGGAACUAUAUAUCUGGAAGCAUACCUGUUGGGAUUGUCAACCUUGUCAACUUGGUCGUGCUCAACUUAAACAAUAACAUGCUCACAGGUAGUAUUCCAGAUUCCAUUGGAAAACUUACCAGGUUGAAUAGACUCAAUAUUUCAGCAAACAAAAUCUCUGGAAGAAUUCCAACCUCUAUUGGCAACAUUACUCGACUAAGCGUACUUGCUUUACAAGAAAAUGUGCUAGAAGAAAGCAUACCAGCUUCCUUGGGAAAUUGCAGAAACUUGGAAGUGCUAAAUCUUUCACACAAUCACCUCACUGGUCCCAUACCUGAACAAAUUUUCCAUCUGUCUUCCAAUACACGUUGGCUCUACUUAGCUAGAAAUCAUUUGACAGGAUCAUUACCACCGCAAGUGGGCAACAUGAAAAAUCUUGAGGUGUUGGACAUUUCAGAAAACAAGCUCUCUGGUGAAAUUCCAAGUACUCUUGGCGAUUGUCUGAAAUUGGAAUCCCUCAACGCACGAGGCAAUUCCUUCAGAGGAAAUAUACCUUCAUCUUUUGAACUAUUAAAAGGCAUUCAAGUCGUAGAUCUUUCUGGUAAUAAUUUGUCAGGGCAGAUUCCAAGGUUUCUUGGUGAGUAUGUUUUUAUUAAAAAACUCAAUCUUUCGUAUAAUAUGUUCGAGGGUGAAGUUCUAAAGGAAGGAAUCUUUAUGAACAUUAGUGUGAUUUCAGUUGAGGGAAAUAACAAGCUGUGUGGAGGAAUUGAGGCAUUGCAAUUGCCUGCAUGUCCUACCACAGUCUCAAAGAAACAAGGAAAGUCUUCUGCUCAUAAAAAAAAUCUUGUGACUAGUGUUGUGCUAGGUAUUUUGUCAAUAGCAUGUGGUGGUGCUAUUCUUUACCUAAUCAGAAGGCACAAACAGGAACCCAAUUUGGCCUUACCAAUGAAGAUGAUCCAGUAUCCAAAACAUUCUUAUGCAGAACUUCUUCAAGCUACCAAUGGGUUCUCUCCAGCCAGCUUAAUUGGUGAUGGAACAUAUGGUUCAGUUUAUAAAGGGACCCCCAACAGUUAUGAACAAACUGUUGCUGUGAAGGUUUCAAACCUCCAACAAGAUGGAGCCAAAAAGUGCUUUAUGGCUGAAUGUGAGGCAUUGAGGAACAUUCGUCAUCGCAAUAUCAUCAAGCUCAUUACAUCUUGCACAAGCAUAGAUUUUAAGGGCAACGAUUUCAGCGCUUUGGUUUACAAGUUCAUGCCAAAUAGGAGUUUAGAAAGUUGGCUACAUCCAAAUUCAUCUGAUCUGCAUCACUCAAAGAGCCUAAACUUAGUCCAGAUGCUAAAUAUUGCCAUCGAUGUGGCCUCUGCAUUGGAUUAUCUUCACAAUCAUUGUGAAACACCAAUUGUCCAUUGCGACUUAAAGCCAAGCAACAUUCUCCUAGAUGACAACCUCUGUGCCCAUGUAGGUGAUUUUGGCCUUUCAAGGUUUCUUUUCGCCUCCGCAAGUAAUCCAAGUCAUGGACAAAAGAGUUCAAGUGGGAUAAAUGGAACAGUAGGAUACAUCGCUCCAGGUAAUUUGUUGUCCACUUAUUAUCCUUUCUUCAAAUCUACUGAGAAACAAUAUUCUACUUUGGUGACAUGGUGAUGUCAUGUUA